UGUCGCAGUGCCAACAUGUCGGCGAUGAAGCGGUUUCUUGUUGCCCUACUGGCCGCUCUGCUGGUAGCCGCUGUCCAGGGCGGAAUUCUGGGCAGGAUUUUCCACAAGGAGUCCACCUCCACAACAUCUACGACGACCACAGAGGAGCCCCGCCGUCCCUUCUUCAUCAACAACAAUGUACCCGAAAUCCCGAAGGACUGUGUGGCGCAGUUCAAGUGCAAAAAGAAGCUGGCGAUUGUUCCCGCUCCCAAACCGUGUGUGAAAUACUGCCUGCAUCGGAUCACGUGUCCCAAUGACCAGAACACCGCUGUCCAGCCCAACCAGUGCGUCGAUCUCGACGAGCAACAGGUCCAGGCUGCCCACGAGGCAAGCACGGAGACCACGGUCGCCGGCCAAACCACCACCGAGAAGCCCAUGAUGGUGGCCAUGAUCGACUUCCCCUGCCAGCCGGGCUAUCUGCCCGACCACCGUGGUCGCUGUCGGGAAAUCUGGUGAUUCGUCGAUGGCUUCGUGACACGUGUUUACUGCAUAAUUAUACCUGUGGAAUUUUCGUUUUUAUAUACAUGCCUGCUCCCAAUAAUCACAAUAAAACCCAAACGAACGGCUUUUGCCCAAAGAUCGAACACAGUGAACAAUUUGAUAAGUGUUUCGGGUGUAAACACCACUAAUCUGCCAGUCACAACAAAUGGCAGCGGUUUGUGACUAGUGAUUGUGUUAUCAGUGAGCUGAAAACAUUUCAAAUCAAACUGGAAUUUUCAUAUAUGUUAGUGGGAAAAGUGUAGACUCAAAACAAUGCAUAUUCUGUUGGCAGGAAUAAAAAUUAUAAUAUAAUAAAUAGAUAAAUAAUUAUUAAUUUA